CCAGCAGAAGCCCAUCUUCAUCUCCACGACAAGCGCCACACACGCAGCCGGUUCAACUGGGUGCGCCGGCUCGUGCAAGGCCAGAACCGCGGCUUGCCCACUGGUAUGCGCACGCCGCCCUACGAGCCCACGGCGGCUGCCGACGGCCGCCCCCAGAUCCCCCAUGCCGAGGACGGACAGGCCCGCAGAUCGCCCAGAACCGCCGAUUUUGCCAGCGACGACGAGUCCAUGUCCGUGCAUCUGGACAACCUCAGCACGACGCCGCUCAAGCUGAUCACAUCGCACACGCUGACGACGAACCCGCCGUCGGUUCUCAGCGCCGACAACCAGCAGCCGGACAGCGGGUCCAUGGCGGCCCUGACGGCCGAAACGUCGCUCUCGCCGAGCACGCACGUGUCGCUUUCGCCCAGUGUCCGCGGGUACAACCGCGACCGCGAGGCCGCCGGGAAUCGCGAUAGCGAGUCCAUCGUGACUUUGGCCAGCUCCACCCGCCGCGUGCGGCGCCGCAGCAUCGACACCAAUUGCAGCAUGGCGGGCAUUCCGCCGGCCAGUAUCAUGGAGCGUCUUUCGGGGGUACCGGCGUGUGCAGGCGACGGCCAGGAGGCCGAGACUAGAUAG